AUGGAGUCUCCUCCGGCUUUGAUGCUCGACAACCCGGAACUUUCCUCCGGCGUUUUGAUCUCGGGCCGGCUCAGGGUCAAACCCACCGAAGGCCCCGUCACUUUGGCAGCAAUCGCCAUGUUCCUAGAAUGCACAACGACGACGAAAAAGCCGGUCGUGGAGCGGUGUCGCGCCUGCACAACGCAAGUAGCUGAUCUAUACCAAUGGCAAUUCCUCACAAAACCACGGACUUUUUCGUCAACGCUGGAAGAGCUUCCAUUCUCCCACUUGGUACCCGGCCAUCUUCCAUGCACAACUCAUGGCCAUGUCGCGUCAAUCGAGUACAGCUUGCACGUGCGCGCGCGGUUGGAUAAUGGUGUCGAGAUUGAGCAUCGUCGCGAUAUUGUCUUUCAACGAGCUUUACGGCCAGGCAACGAUAAGAACAGCAUGCGCAUCUUUCCGCCAACAAAGUUGACCUUCCACGUGACUUUACCCUCCGUCGCUCACCCGAUCGGCGAGCUUCCGGUUCUCUUCCGACUUAACGGCGUCACAACCAAGAACCCAGACGGCUCACAGCUUCGCUGGCGGCUGCGGAAGAUUGUAUGGCGGAUCGUGGAGGAGGAGAAGACGAUCUCACCCGCCUGCCCAGCCCACUCCGCCAAAGUCGGCGGUGAUGGGCGCGGAGUGGCCCACGACUCCGACCGAGACAUUGGCGUCGGCGAACUCAAAUCUGGCUGGAAAUGCGACUACACCUGCGUCAACCACCACCACACCUCAUCCGCAUCGAGCAGCACGCCAGCAACCAGCGACGGCCAAAUCGAAGGCUCCUUCGGCGUCGCCAUCGACCACAGCUCCAAGCCACAAUGCGGCGUGUCCGCACCCAACGGCACAAAUAUCACCCACAGCCUCGUCAUCGAACUGGUAAUCUCUGAAGAAUUCGUCGCUAGUUCACGUGCCACGCCGGCAGCUACAGGCAGCGCCCGUGUUCUCCGCACACAAUUCGCCCUUCGCCUGACGCAACGAGCAGGUCUCGGGAUCGCCUGGGACGACGAAACGCCGCCGAUGUAUGAAGAUGUACCAGAGAGUCCGCCGCAGCAAUUCUCGGUCGUGGGAGGCAAUGCCGCUAACAGCAACGGUAACGAACUUCCGCCGGCCUUCGAGGAUCUGGAUCUCUUGGAUGCGCUGGCCUUGUCGGUCGAGGGCCUGGACGAUCUUGGUGACAUGCGGAGACCGGACGGGCAGGUCGUGUCUUUGAACGGAGCUUGA